AAAAAAGAAAGAAAGAAAGAAAGAAAAUAACGUGUGGCGCCAGCGUCGGCGUCGCUGCUGACGUCGCGACUCCACCCAAAAUUGUAUACCAAAUUUGGUAGCAAAUGCAGUGAGUUAGUUAGUAACGCUGAGUGGAGUGAGUGCGUGUGUGCGAGUGAGUGUCUCUGAGUGUGUAUUUCGGUUGUGCACAACCACAGCCAAGGAGUAACACAACAAAUACACGUUUGAAACAUGCCAGCAAAAUGUUUGGUACAUGCGAAAAGUUGAUGACACAUUUUGCUGUCAUUUUGACCGCAUUUCUGGCCGCUCAGCCUCUGUUAUUGCUGCUCAUUUGCGGUCCCCCAGCGACGCGGCAUGCCGGCCCCGCCUCUUCCACAUUUAUGGUGCACGCCUCUGCCGCGGAUGAAGCCGUUGGCAAAUGGGCGACCCAGUUUGGAGACGAGCUAUUCCUGCUGGCCCAGAAGAUAACCAAAUCGCAGCAGAUUAAAGAGAAAUACAAGGAAUACAAUGCUCGAGUUGAGCUCAAAAAUGGCAGCGAACUAAUUAAAUCGAUAACAGCGAAUGUGGGCAAAAUGUUGGCGCGCAAAAUGGAUGCCGUGCGCUGCAUACAGGAGAAGGCCGAGAGUGUCAAUGAGAACUUCGAAUUCAAUCUGACCUAUGCGGAGACUAACUUCACCUACUACUCGAGCAAGUACUCGCCAUUCAAUGGCAAUAGCUCCGAGGAGCUGGAGUCCAAUGUUAAGGAGUAUGAGUAUAUGUAUCGCGAGAUGAUGCUAAAUCCGGACACACAUUUCUACAAUAUUUCCGUGGACACGGAGCACAGUUCGGUGCAUGUGCCCUCAAAUGUUUGGGAUCGUGCGCCGAAUGUGCUAAAGACGAUUCAGUGGUCUGAGUAUCUAGACGAGGUCUUCCGCCAGAACUAUCAGUCCGAUCCGGCUCUGUCUUGGCAAUAUUUUGGCUCCGAUACGGGCAUAUUGCGUCAUUAUCCCGCCGCACAGUGGUACGAUUCGCGUGCGAAUAAACUGGACGCCGAUACGUAUGAUUGCCGCAAACGGUCGUGGUACAUAGAGACGGCCACCUGUUCCAAGGAUAUUGUCAUCUUGCUGGACCAUUCGGGCUCAAUGACAGGACAUCGCCAUCAUGUGGCCAAGUUCACAAUACGCAGCAUAUUGGAUACGUUCUCCAAUAACGAUUUCUUCACCAUUUUCCGCUAUUCGAACGAUGUACAGGGCAUUAUACCCUGUUUCAAGGACGCUCUGGUACAGGCGACACCCGAAAAUAUCGAUGUCUUCAAUACGGCCAUAGCCGAACUGGACGAUCCCGAGGGCUAUGCGAAUCUAACGCUGGCCUACGAGCACGCCUUUCAAAUACUACGCAACUAUUAUAUCAAUCGAAGGUGCAACGAGACCUCCACCUGCAACCAGGCCAUAAUGCUGGUCACCGAUGGCGUGGCGGGCAAUACGACCGAUAUUUUCGAGAAGUACAACUGGGGCAACGGAGAGAACGGCACCUCACGCAUGAAUGUGCGCAUCUUUACCUAUCUACUGGGCAAGGAGGUGACCAAGGUGCGCGAGAUUCAAUGGAUGGCCUGCUUGAAUCGUGGCUACUAUUCGCAUGUGCAAACACUGGAUGAAGUCCACGAGGAAGUGCUCAAAUAUGUCGAUGUCAUAGCUACGCCUCUCGUGCUGCAGAAUGAGCAGCAUCCGCCCACCUGGACGCAUGCAUUUACGGAUAAAACGUAUGAUCCUUUGAAUUCGAAUGAGCGACGACCGCGUCUUAUGAUAGCCGUUGGUGUGCCAGCCUUUGAUCGCUCCUAUCGGCACGAGAACAGCACUAAAAGACGGGCACGUCUCCUGGGUGUAGCCGGCACAGAUGUGCCCGUCGAGGACAUAGACAAAUUGACGUUGCCCUACAAGCUGGGCGUUAAUGGCUAUUCAUUUGUGGUGUCCAACAAUGGCUACGUACUACUGCAUCCGGAUCUGCGGCCUCUUGGUUCCAACAACAAAAUGAAUCCCAACUAUAAUAGCAUUGACUUUACCGAAGUGGAGCAUUUGUUUGAGGAUCAGAAUCCCCGAGAGCCGGGUGAAUCCAUUCUAAACAUACGCAGCUCCAUGGUCCAUAACGAAGCCAAGGAAUUUAAAAAUAUUCCGGUCAAGUUCCAUUAUGACAAAAUGCGUCGUGUGUCGGAGGAGAAACAGGAUUAUUUCUUUGCUCCAUUACCCAAUACACCUUUCACUUUGGGCAUUGUUAUGCCAAGUGACUAUGGCAAGACUUGGAUCAAGGUGGGCGACGAGGUGGACAAGAACAAGCACAUGAAGGUCAACAUAUCCGAUUUCUUCAUUGGCGAAAACUGGAAAGUGCAUCCGGAUUGGGUCUAUUGCAAGUAUCACUAUCUGGAGGGUCACGAAUUCAAAACACCUGAAGCGGAGCUGCGCGAGUUUUUGGAAAAGAUGAUGAAACCCGAUUGGAAAUGGCCCGAACAAUAUGCCGAGGACGAAUCCGAUUGGGAUGACAAGGACGACUUAAACUGUGGUCGCAAAACGCUCAGCGACGAUGCCUACUACUGCAACAAGGAGCUAGUCCAUUUGCUCAUUUUCGAUGCCAAGGUGACCAAUUUCAGUUACGGCGUAUGGAAGUUCGAGAACGAACAGGAGCGUCAGCUCAUUGAACGCUUUGGUGCCACAUUGAGGUUUGUGGCCACCAUGAGCGGGCUGACACGCUGGCAGUUCAUCUUUGGCGAGGUGGAAGUGGAUACGGAUCGGGAAUUUGGCGAUUAUCAUACAACAGCCAUCGAUGAGACCUGGUACAAGAGCGCCAUACUGCAGCAUCAUCAGGAUAAUACCGAAAGCUUUGUUUACUCGGUCAAACACUACAACGAUCCGCUCGAAGACAGCGAUCUCAAGGUGACCGCCUCGCAUGCCAUCUUUCCCCGAGAUGGCGGCAAAGAGGCGCCCGCCUGUGUCGUCGGUUUCCAGUUCUCGCAUGCGCGCAUGUGGGAACGCUUCUUUAACAUAACAGCCGUGGACAAUUGCAACAAUUGCCUGCCCAUCUGCACGGAUGAUGACGUCGAUUGCGUUGUCAUCGAUAACAAUGCGUACAUUGUCGUCGGCCAAAACAUAAAUACGACCGGGAAAUUCUUUGGCGAAAUCCAUGGCGAUGUCAUGGCCGCCAUGGUUCAGAAGGGCAUCUUCAAAAGCAUCGAGGUCUAUGACUACCAGGAGCUAUGUAAAGUAGAGCCAACCACACUCAGCGAUGGAAACAGUUUGCUGCAUCCACUGCAACUACUGGGCCUAGUCUGGAAGUGGCUUAUAGCGCAUCUCUUCUUGACCUACCAGAGAGUUCAAUGGUGGGUGGACGGAGCGCCGUUUUUGGAGUACUUGGACACUAUUGAGGAUGAGUAUGUGGCCGUGGGCGACAUUAAUUCGGCAUCGGCGGCUAAGCCCAAGGACGAUGGUGACGAUGGUGAGGCGAUAUUUCAAGAGCCCGAACCGGAACCGAUCUACAAGCCGUGUGACAUGCGCUCUACCCUGUACGCCCUGCAGCCCUCGGCAUUGGUGGGCAUCAAUGAUUCUAUAAAUGUGUCAUCAACGCGUCCGUUCCAUAUCAAGAAAAUACCCAACUCGAAUCUGGUGAUGGUGGUGGUCAAUGUGCUGAUGCCAUCGCGCAGUAUACGCCUAACCACCGAGCCGCAGCGUAUAACUGAGUAUGAGGAGGAAUUUCCCUGCUACAAACUAAAUAUGAGUUUCUACGAUAGGCGACGCAUCGAGGAGUGUUUCACGGAGCACGAGGAUGAGGAACUUUUCACCUACUGCGGCAAAGCCUCGCGGCUGGGUCUGACGCUUCAGCUGCUGCCGCUGACCAUAAUUUUGAUGUUUUACUUGACGCGCUGCUUUAUGCGGGUUUAGUUUAUACAAUCUAUAUAUAUACACUAAUGCGAUCUGUUUGUUUUUAGAUUGUAAACUAUUGUGUAGUACAAUUCUAGUCGAAGUUUAACAACCAAAGAAAAAAAACCAAAGCACAAUCUUAAACAAGUUUAGCAACAGCCGAAACAAAA